GUUAAACACAGGAAAACAACACAUAAAGAGUGAGAGAAAGCAAAGAAGCAGAGGUGAGAGGGUAGGACUGAAAGCAUCAAGACGUUAAGAGCCCCCUUCUGCUGAUAAGUCGAACGCAUGACGCAGUCUCACAGGAGACUUCAGUUCUCCAAGUUGUAUUUCAGUACUGGGUGAGAGCGAGAUACCUCUGAAUUAGGUCCCUGGCACCUUGGCAGUUCUGCACGAGCUGCAACAGCUGAAGGUGACAGCUGCGGGCUUUCAAUAACUGGGAGCAAACUUGCACAUGUAACAAGCUGUCAGCAGCUGUCCCACUGACUACGAUCAACACUGCAUUCAGACAUAUUGUGGCGCUCUCAGCGAAGAGAAAUCAACCCACAGUAAGACAAGCUCUUUGUUGGUUGCUACUCACUUUUCAUCUACCAUGGAGUCCCUGCCUUUACCUCAUCAUGGAGGCCAAGACAGCCCUGCUUCACAAGUGGAAAAUGAGCUAGGCCGUAAGGGACCCCGUCGCAAAAGGGAGUUCAUACCUGAAGAGAAGAAGGAUGCCCUCUACUGGGAGAAACGUCGUAAGAACAACGAGGCAGCCAAGCGGUCUCGGGAGAAGAGAAGGAUGAAUGACUAUGUGCUGGAGACUCAUCUUGUGGCCCUGAAAGAAGAAAAUGCCAGGCUUAGUGCUGAAUUAAUGGCCAUCAAGCUCCACUUUGGCCUGGCUCACCCUGCCACGUACACUGCUCACCAGAGUAACCAACUGCAGCACCACAUCCACAGCAGCACCCAGCCCAUCACUGCCACCAGCACCCACCACCAGUCCCUGCAGAGGGACUACUACUGGGGCGGUAGAGACUCCUCUGUUGUGCCCAGCUACCAGCCUUCUCAUCCUCUUUUCAUUCCUGCAUAUGCCCUCCAUACCAUGAGGGGCUAUCCAUACUUAAACACAUCUAGUUGUAGCAGCUCUGGCCUCGUCACUCCCCUCGUUCUCCCUCGAAAUCUCCUGCCCGCCCAUUCAUCCCAUCCCAGAGGUUCCCUACUGAAGCCCAUUCCUACGAGAGCCACCUCAGAUGAGGAGGGGGAGCAGCAGGUCCCAGGGGUGCUGUCCAUGGCAUGCUUUGCUCCGCCUGGCAAAAUCCCCAGAAAAGGAGACAGAAACUGCUCUCCACCAAGACAGUGCAUGUCUGACUGACUGUCCAGUAUACAGGGGUGCUUAUAGUGGGGAGUGGGGAAUAAACAGUUCUCCUCUCUUUACGUCUUGUUAAAUAUUCCUGGUGCAAACUGAAUUCAGAGAUGUACUGUUUAAGAACACAUGGCGUUUAAACAGCCACACUCUCCGCUUUUUGCGUCACAGCAAUCAUUGACAGUGGUAUGCUGAAUGCUGAUCAUUCACACUACAGCCACAUGAAGAACAUAUUGUGCCAACCAACCCCCCCCCUACCCAAAAUGUGUUGUUCCCAACACGCUGUGCUGCCUCACAAAAAUAGAGCUUUGUAGCUACUUCAGCUCCUUUCUGUGUGCUUUCCUGAGUCAAAGUUGAGUCGAUGCUCAGAUGUGGGUUAUGAAUAAGAUAACAGCAGUCACUGAUCUCAGCCCACCAUUCUCACUUUAGAGAACUGCUAAUUAUUCAAACACACCAAGCAGCAGAAACAUUACUCCAAAAAAAAAAAAAUAACAUGUUGAUAAUGAAUGUUGAUAACAGUGACAAGAAAUAGUUGCGUGUAAA